AGAGGAGAACCACACAACGAGGCGGGCUCAUCCUGAUUUGUCUUCUUAGGGGGACGUUUGCGCCAAGGGGCUUAUCCCUCACUCCCUUCCAGCCUCGCUGAGAGCUUAGGGAGCCCGUUUAGCGCAAAUAAAGCGUUUGUAUUAUGGGCCUGGAGCCCUCCCGUAGAACUGCCCUUCUGGAGCUGGAGAUUUGCUCAGUCACACAGUGAGUGGCAGAACCAGGCCCGAGACCCAGGUCUCUCGCUGGUCCUUGGCCUUGCUGCUUCGCGGGCCUGUCUUCCAGGCUCCUCCUGCCUGCCGCUCCGGGCCUGGGCUGCCCCGGGUUGGGGUGCCGGGGUCCUCCUGAUGCCCGGAGCUGCUCUCUGUGCUUCCUGCUUUCUCAAAGUGUGUCCUGCGAGGUGGAUCCGUGGAUCCGUGAGACUGGGUUUCUGUUGCCGGAAACAAACAGACACGAAUGCAGAGUUUGAAUCCAGAUCCCAAAGCGCAGUACACGAGUGUCUACGGAGCCCUCAAGAAAAUCAUUCGGACUGAAGGCUUCUGGAGGCCCCUGCGAGGCCUCAAUGUGAUGAUGCUGGGCGCAGGGCCGGCCCACGCCUUGUAUUUUGCCUGCUAUGAAAACAUGAAAAGGACUUUAAAUGCCGUUUUCCACCACCAAGGAAACAGCCACCUAGCCAACGGGAUAGCUGGAAGUAUGGCCACUCUGCUCCACGAUGCGGUAAUGAAUCCAGCAGAAGUGGUGAAGCAGCGCCUACAGAUGUACGACUCGCCGCACCGGUCCGCCCUCCGCUGCGUCUGGACAGUUUGGAGGACCGAGGGCUUGGGGGCCUUCUACCGGAGCUACACCACGCAGCUGACCAUGAACAUUCCUUUCCAGUCCAUCCACUUCAUCACCUACGAGUUCCUGCAGGAGCAGGUCAACCCCCACCGGGGCUACAACCCACAGUCCCACAUCCUCUCGGGCGGGCUGGCCGGGGCCCUGGCCGCCGCUGCCACCACCCCCCUGGACGUCUGUAAGACCCUCCUCAACACUCAGGAGAACAUGGCCCUCAACCUGGCCAACAUCAGCGGCCGGCUGUCGGGCAUGGCCAAUGCCUUCAGAAUGGUAUACCAGCUCAACGGCCUCCCCGGCUACUUCAAAGGCAUGCAGGCCCGAGUCAUCUACCAGAUGCCCUCCACUGCCAUUUCCUGGUCUGUCUACGAGUUCUUCAAGUACUUUCUCACCAAGCACAAGCUGGAGAGUCGAACUCCGUACUGAAGGAACAGGCGUGGGCAGUGAUUCCAGAAUCUUUUAUUUGUCAAAGGCUUUGCUUGCCUGCUUCCAUUCCCUUGUCCUCACACCAAGGUCAUUUUGGGUGUUGGCAGGGUGGGCCCUCUGCUCCCUGACGCCUGAGAGA